CUGUAUGGUAUUCAUAUGGGUGUCACACUCUAACCUGUCCCCUCUCCCCUACAGAAAAUGUCCUUCAUGGUGGCUCUUGGCCUGGUCACUACAGAGACCCUGGAAGAGAUCCAGAUCAAGAGACAGGAGAGGAAGAGACGAAGCACAGCCAACCCAGCCUACAGCGGCCUGGUCCAACCAGAGCGUAAACGCCUUGCAUCAAAUUACCUGGACAACCCACUCUUCCUAUCUGUGAGAGCCACUGGGGACUACAGAUGGAAGGAAGAGCUGGAGCAUGACGACCACUGCUCUGUGUGUAAGGAGGAAGGAGAGCUGCAGCUGUGCCAUAACUGCCCCAGAGCCUACCACCCUGACUGCCUGCACCCACCUCUCAGAACACCGCCCCGGGGGGUGUGGGUCUGCACCAAGUGUCAGAAGAAGGUUCUAAACAAAGGGAAUAUGUCGUGGCCACAGAACUUCGUCCAGUCCUAUGUUACACACAAGACGGUGAGAGAGGGGGAGAAGAGGAGUUUGCUCAGGAGGAAUGUAGAGCUGAAGAAGGAGUGUGCUCACCUGGAGGAGCAGGACCAACAACUCAGCAAGUCCCUCACGCAGAAGGUGAUGGACGCGCGGGAGCGUCUGAUUGGUCGACAGAGGGACACCCAGUCCUCCCUGGAGCGUCUCAAGGCUGUGAUUCGUCUGAUCCAAAGAGACCAGAUGAUCCAGGUUACCAUGACGGCCACCGCCACCACCACCGGAGUGUCCCUGCUCUCCCUGCCCUGGAUCAAACCCUCCGGCACCGCCGCUGCCACACACACAGUGCCCCCUGCUGGACCGUCUAUGCUACUGCAGCAGAAGACUCUGGUCAUGCCGCAGUCUCAGACACAGAGCCAGGCCCAGAGCAACGUCUGAGCUCUAGUAGUACCACCCCAGCCCACCUGGGGGCGCAGUUCAAGGAUGCGCCCCAAAUGGCACUCUAUUCCCUAUAUAGCGUAGAACUUUUAAUAAAGGACCCAUAGGAGGAAGUUUCAAAGGUAUGUCAAUUUGAUAUCAGAGCCCUGGUCUAAAGUAGUGCACUAUAUAGGGAAUAGGGCUCUGGUCUAUAGUAGUGCACUAUAUAGGGAAUAGGGCCCUGGUCUAAAGUAGUGCCCUAUAUAGGGAAUAGGGCUCUGGUCUAAAGUAGUGCA